AUGGCUACUGCGACCAUCGAUCCCCCGAUGCCGCAGAAUUCCCCUGUAACACAGGAGGUUCUACAGCAGACUGCGGCCAAGAUUGGCGUGCGGGUACCGCAGGAGCGAGAGGUAGAGUUCACGGAGAUGCUGGCAAGUGCGCGGGAGGCCAUGGAACAGGUUAUGGCGAUGGAUGACUUCUACCCUGAACCUGAUGUGGCCAAGUUUCCGCGGACAAAUAUCUCGUCUGUCUCGACCAACGAAAAUCAUUUCAAUGCGUGGGCAACCAAAGCGACAGUGCAGAACGUGGAUAAAGAUGAACUUGCUACUGGAAUUCUUACGGGAAAGCGGGUAGUUCUUAAGGAUAAUGUCUGUCUCGCGGGCGUGCCGUGCAACUUCGGUACUGCAGUGUUUUCGGAUUGGGUGCCAAGGACGGACGCCACCGUUGUGACGCGUAUUCUUGAGGCCGGUGGUACUAUUGUCGGGAAAGCGACCUGCGAGAACUUCUCCGCAUUUGGCGUCUCAAACACGUCAGCACUGGGACUUGUGGGCAAUCCGUACGACAAGUCGCGUUCCGCCGGUGGCUCUAGUUCGGGCUGUGGUGUACUUAUUGCCUUAGGCGAAGCUGACCUUGCGAUUGGUGGGGACCAAGGAGGUUCCAUCCGUCUGCCUGCCGCGCAUGUCGGUAUUGUUGGUCUCAAGCCAACGUUUGGCCUCGUGCCCUACACCGGAAUCGUCUCUAAUGAGAUCACACAUGACCACACUGGACCCAUGUCCCCUGACGUGCCUUCGAACGCACUUCUGCUCCGUGCAAUUGCUGGCGUGGACGGGAUUGACGACCGUCAGAUCGCAGGCACGCCAUUCCGGCACCAGGUCCCGGACUAUCCUGCACUACUUAGUGCGGCACGUUCGGCGCAUGCUUUGCUCCAGGUGGGUGUUCCGUCUGGCGCUACUGGUCUUGAGCCAGGGACCACGCGGAAGAUGCGCAUUGGGAUCUUAAAGGAAGGUGGAGAAGUGCAGUAUAUGGACAAAAGGGUCUAUGAGUGUGUGGAACGUGCGACUAAGAAAUUUCAGGAAUUGGGCGCAGAGGUCGUAGAAGUAAGUGUUCCAGAGCAUCUGACGGCCUCGUUGAUCGGGCGGGCGCAGCGGUUCUCCCAGUCGAACAACUUGCUGGGACGAGGAAAUGGGCUGAGACAGCUGUAUCUAACGGACUUCGUCGAGAAGCUCUUGCCUUGGAACCAGGAAAAGUUUGACAAGCUGUUUGUCAACUCGGCGAAUAUCCUGAUCAAUGGACUAUAUGCCGACGAUCAUUUCCCUCAACUGUAUGGAAAGACGCAAAAUUUGUUCCGCAAGCUACGCUUCGAAUAUGAUGCAGUUUUGAAGGAUGUCGACGUACUCGUCAUGCCUACGACGCCGUGGGUCGCAAAAGUCAUGCAGCCUCGAGAAGCAUCACUCAUAGACCACUACAAAGAUUACAAUGGCCUAACAUACAAUACCCAACCAUUCAAUAACACUGGUCAUCCUGCCCUUUCCAUCCCAUGUGGAAUGCUUCCGCCGCCAGAAGGGCCCGAAUCACUGCGUUUGCCGGUCGGGAUGCAGCUCGUCGGCAAGUUUUGGGACGAACUUACUCUGUACAAAGCCGCACUUGCAUGGAGCGAUGCCUUCGACUGGAAGACACUGUGA